AUGCAUCCAGAUGACGCAGUAAACCUUUUAAGAGAAGUGUCUCAAAUUUCGAAUCAACAACAAGCUGAGGAGGUUGCAGGGGUUCUUGAGUAUCAGCCACUUGCCUUAGCAGCUGCUGCAGUCUACGUUCAAACCAUUGUCAGUUAUGGUACCUCUAAUUAUGGUUGGACAAAAUACCUGGAAACUUUCAACAGCAACGAACGGGAAGCAAGAGAGGAUUUUUUUGCGAAGCAAAACAGAGCAUAUCCCAAAACAACGACUACUGCCAUCAAAAUGGCAAUAACUCGAGCUUUGCAAAGCGACGAAGUUCUUCGUGAAGUAUUAUGUUUGUUUUCGUUGUGCGCAUCUGAUUCUCUACCAAUUGAAGCUGCUGUUGACUUUGUAAAAUUUCGUACAAAACAGCAAACAGAAGAGUUAACUAGAGCUAGAAUUCUGAAAUCCACCAUGGUUUCUUACUUGUAUGACAAAGACGGCACACCCACUUACGUCAGAGUACAUAAAGUUGUUCAUGAAGUGCUUAAGUCCACUGUAACAUCAGUCCUGAAUCGGACACAUCAAGCGGAGUGCUUUUCUGUUGCUGUUAGGAUUUUUCAUUCACUGAUGGAAGAAAACAGGAAUCUUUUAAUUGCUAGUGAGCAGGCUUGCGGAAAGUUGAGGAUAAUUGUCAGUCAUUGUAAAGUGUUAUUUCAGUUGAACAGAACUAAAAUGGUUAAUGAAGAACAAUCAGUAGUUAAUACGUUACUAGCGAUAAUUACUCCUAGCAAUUUAGUUUCGUUUCUUUCCCUUAUUACUGAAGUUUGUUACCGCCAAAGUAAUUUAUCGGAUGCAUACCUUUUCUCAACUUUAUCCUCUGAUUUCAUAACGUAUCUAAGUGACACUCAAGACGAUAAAUUGCAAAAGGCGAAGCAUUUUCAUGAAUACGGCAUUGUUCACUUGCAGCUUGGUCACUUCUGUCAGGCUAAAGAAUACCAUGAGAAGUCUCUUGCAAUCAAAAACAGAUACACGGUGAACACCAUGGUGACAUUGCAAAAGCUACAACAGCCUGGGAAAUGUUUACAGAACCCUUGGUCAGUACAACCAGGCUAAAGAAUACUAUGAAAAGUCUCUUGCCAUAAGAAAAGAGAUUUAUGGUGAACACCAUGGUGACGUAGCCACAAAUUACAACAAUUUGGGAACUGUUUACAGUGACCUCGGUCAGUACAUUCAGGCUAAAGAAUACCAUGAGAAGUCUCUUGCCAUUAGCAAAGAGAUUUGUGGUGAUCAUGAACACCAUGGUGACGUAGCGACAAGUUACAACAACCUGGGACUUGUUUACAGUAACCUUGGUCAGUACAAUCAGGCUAAAGAAUACCAUGAGAAGUCUCUUGCCAUUAGCAAAGAGAUUUAUGGUGAACACCAUGGUGACGUAGCGACAAGUUACAGCAACCUGGGACUUGUUUACAGUAACCUUGGUCAGUACAAUCAGGCUAAAGAAUACCAUGAGAAGUCUCUUGCCAUUAGAAAAGAGAUCUAUGAUGAACACCAUGGUGACGUAGCGAUAAAUUACAACAACCUGGGAAAUGUUUACAAUCACCUUGGUCAAUACAAUCAGGCUAAAGAAUACCAUGAGAAGUCUCUUGCCAUUAGAAAAGAGAUUUAUGGUGAACACCAUGGUGACGUAGCGGCAAGUUACAGCAACCUGGGACUUGUUUACAGUAACUUUGGUCAGUACAAUCAGGCUAAAGAAUACCAUGAGAAGUCUCUUGCGAUUAUGAAAGAGAUUUAUGGUGAACACCAUGGUGACGUAGCGAAAAAUUACAACAAUUUGGGACUUGUUUACGGUAACCUUGGUCUGUACAAUCAGGCUAAAGAAUACCAUGAGAAGUCUCUUGCCAUUAAAAAAGAGAUUUAUGGUGAACACCAUGGUGACGUAGCGAUAAGUUACAACAACCUGGGACUUGUUUACAGUAACCUUGGUCAGUACAAUCAGGCUAAAGAAUACCAUGAGAAAUCUCUUGCGAUUAUGAAAGAGAUGUACGGUGAACACCAUGGUUACGUAGCGACAAGUUACAACAACCUG